CUUGCCAUUUAAAGAUGGCUGCCGCAAAACUACCAUGCCGGGUUUUGGACGUGAUUUUCGGUUGUUUAGACCUCCCAGACCUGGCAAACUGCGCCCUGGUCUGCAAACACUGGUGCCAGUACCUCAGCGACGACAACAGCGACGUUUGGAGACUUCAGUGCGUGAGGAAAGUGGCGGACGAGGCGUUGAAAUCCGACAUUUUGUGCAAUGUUACCUCAUACAAAGCCAAGGCUAUGGCUUUUUGUCAUGCCUGGAACCCUCAGGACUGCUCUCGGAAUAUUUAUAUCAAACCGAACGGUUUUACUUUACACCGGAACCCCGUGGCGCAGUCUACGGACGGAGUCCGCGGCAAGAUCGGCUUCAACAGCGGGCGUCACGCCUGGGAGGUGUGGUGGGAUGGGCCGCUAGGAACGGUAGCAGUGGUGGGGAUAGCUACUAAACAUGCCCCUAUGCAGUGUCAUGGUUACGUGGCUCUACUGGGGAGUGAUGACCAGUCCUGGGGUUGGAACCUCGUGGACAACCACUUACUGCACAAUGGGGACAGCCAGGGCAACUUCCCGCAGUGCAACAAUGCACCAAAAUAUCAGGUAGGGGAAAGGAUCCGUGUUAUACUGGACAUGGAUGACAACACGCUGUCCUUCGAGCGCGGCUACGAGUUUCUGGGCGUGGCCUUCCGCGGGCUGCCGUCCGUCAAACUGUUCCCUGCUGUCUCCGCUGUUUAUGGCAACACCGAGGUGUGUAUGGUGUACCUGGGUCCACCCCUAGAUGGCUAGUGGACUAGCCCGUGUUAUGCAAUCUCUAGCAGUAAGGGGCCUCCUAAAAACUUGUGGUCAUACACCUCUAACUAGUGAUGCAUACUGGUUCACUGGACUUGGAUCCAUACUUGUAAGAAUGUUUAGGUUCAAGUCCAA